AUGGAUGCAUGGAAUGGAACGAACAGGGACAUCGGCAAGGACUUGCUCAAGGGCACAGCUAUCGCCGGUGUAACGGGAGCCACGGCGGGAGGUAUUAUCGGGAUCCUGAGGCAGAAGCCAGUAGGAGCAUACGCAUUCUCGGGAGGACUCAACGCCUCUCUCUUUGGCAUGACCUUCAUCGCUUUCCGUGAGUCAUUCCUUCGUCUUCAGCGUGAAAAGAACCCAUACUACGGCCUCAAGGACUCGCAGACAAUGGACAUCGAUCAUCUCUGGAGCAGUACAAUCGCAGGAGCAUUCACAGGAGGCAUUCUUGCCGCAUUAGCGCGAGGACCAAAGUCAGUACCAUCAGGAACGUUCAUGUUUGGAGUGAUGGCUAUGGGAGGCCAAUGGGUCUUGACAAAGACAAACCGAUACAGACAGGACAGGAUCCUCACCUCAACAGUACCCCUUGAGUCCCUCCCUGCUUCAUCACCAUUAGCAUCGUCUAAAUCGAAUAAUUCACGGGACGCGGUCGGAACGGGGAUUCUGAGUGUCCUCCCUGUACAUAGGACAGAUGUGGAUGACUAUGAGGUCAAGUUGAGACAGAAAUUGGAGUUGAUAGAGAUAGAGCAGGCGAUUCUAAAGGAGGAGGUGUUGAGGCGGGAGAGAGCUGCUGUUGUUGAAGCUGUUGAAGAAAAGGUUGUCUAA